AUGCCACGCAACUAUUCUAGAAAAACAGACAGACAGGAUUGGGAUAAAACCUCCAUGGAAAAGGCUAUUGAAGCUGUAAAGAAUAAUGAAAUGGGCUGGCUAUUGGCUUCUAAAGUGUUUAACGUCCCACAAUCGACUCUUAGAAGACAUGCACUGAAACAAAAUAAAGUCUUAGCUCCAACUACAAAAGGUUUGGGUAGGUACAGGAGUGUCUUCACAUAUGAAAUGGAACGAGAACUGGUAGAACAUAUUAAAUUACUAGAAACGAGAUUGUUUGGAUUCACAAGAAAGGAAGUUUUGGAAUUGGCGUACCAGUUUGCAGACGUUAAUAAUAUUCCUCAUAACUUCAACAAUGAAAAAAAGAUGGCAGGCAAAGAAUGGUUGGCUGGAUUUCGACGAAGACACCCGGACAUAUCCUUGAGGAAACCUGAAGCGACUUCAGCUGCAAGAGCCCAAGCCUUCAACAAGCCCCAAGUAGCACUGUUUUUCAACACUUACCAAGACAUUAUUCAGAGCAACAACAUUUCUCCACAUAGGCUCUACAACGUCGAUGAGUCAGCAUUAUCAACAGUCCAGAGACCCCAAAAGGUCUUUGCUACUACUGGGCGUAAGCAGGUUGGGGCUUUGACUAGUGCUGAAAAGGGGUAG